UUGUUAAUUGUUGACACAAUAGAGCUAUUUGAAAAGUUUAAAAUUUUAUAACAUUAAUUUUUUGUUAUCAAUUACAAUGUAAAUGUUAAUUAUUCCGCGAAUUUCAAAAACGAUGUGGAAAUAUAAAGAAAAAUACCAGAACAUACUCAAACAGCUAGGCGAUAGAUUGGAAAAUGAAAUUACCAUAACUGAAGAUGAGGAAUCCGAAUGCCAAUAUUUUUGCGGGACGGACCGAAAAUUCAACACGUUGAAUAUAAAAUUCGAGACCGAUAAAAAUUUAGUGGCGAGCCUCUCGAUAUUUUUGAGAAUUGAUGGACGCGUCUACACUUUACCAGAGAAAAACGCUUUUUCGAAAAUAAAUCUAAACAAAAGGCAUUGGAAAACCGACAGUUUAAAUAUCGAGGUAUUGGAACCUUUCAAGCGAUUAAGAAUCACUUUUAACGGUCUAUUGAGAAAUCGCGAAGGUGCCACGGACCAUGUCCAGUUUAAUUUUUUGUUCAUUGCGGCUAGUUCACCUAACUACACACCACAUGAUAUUGAUGAAUUAUUGCUAAGUAAAUACGUAAAAGAGCGCAGUAAAAACUCUAAUUCUCAAUCUUGUGAUCAACAUGGUUUCGACCAAUUCGGCGUUCUGGUAGGCACUGUUAAGAUAAAUUCUUCCAACGAAUUUACACUGAGCAUACCCACGUGUAGAACUAGAAAUAGAGGAAUCGAUAACACAAUCGACUUCAGCAAAAUAUUCAAAAUAAUCGCAAUAGAUGAAUACGGCAAUUUUUUCAACAUAGUUGCAAAAUCUCUCAAAAACGGCGUAUCUCAAUUAAAUUACGGGUUCGCAUACUUGAGCAACGAAAAACCGUACACAGUAACUUACGUUGAUAUAUUAACAAUUAAUCAUGGUCAGUUAAUAGUGAACGCCAAAGUAAACGGGAAAAUGUACAAAAUUGAUAUCACUAUGAAGGAAAAACUGACAGUAAAGGCUCUAAACGAAGAUCCUCGUGGGCUGGAAAUCGUAGAUACACCUGCCGAUUGCGUAGUGAACAAUUUCUCCGGCACAGCUAUAAUAGAAUGUGUUAAUGAAUACGAAGGAACUGUGAAAUGGAUUUCACAGCCGAAAAUAUGUGAGAGAUUCGAGAAACCAUUACCUGAUAUGUACUUGAGCGACUUAGAAGAAGAGGCAUCUCAAUUUUCGGAGCUGAGCGGAGGAAAAGGUUGCUCUUUGGCUUUACUUACAACUUUGAAAUCUCCUAUGUUUUCAAUACCGCCAGGAUUCAUAAUAACUACGAAAGCGUUCAAUUGGUACCUUAGAGAAAAUCCUGAAUUACAACAAUCCAUACAGAAAAUAGACAAAGAUUUUUGCUCAAACAUUGCACAAGACCAAUUGGAAUGCAAUUGUAACGAUGCAAUCGCUGCUUUUGAAUCCCAACAAAUGCCAAAGGAACUCGUAUCGUUAAUAAAUAAUCAAUUAGAGAAAUAUGUAACAGAAGGCAACGAGGGCUGGGCAGUAAGAUCUUCGGCUAUAGGUGAGGAUUCGGAAGAAUUUUCAGUAGCCGGACAAAACGAUACAAUUCUCGGAUGCUCUACCAACCGGGUUAUCGAAUCGAUUCAAGCCUGUUGGGCUUCGUUGUACUCUUAUCAGAGUGUCAAAUAUCGUUGGCAAAACGGCCUUCCCAUCGUAACAGAAAUGGCUGUUGUAGUGCAAAAAAUGGUCAACACAGAGUCAGCUGGUGUCCUAUUCACACGCCAUCCUUUAACAAAUAAUCCUUCUGAGAUGGUGGUUACUUCAACUUUUGGACUAGGAGAGUUAGUGGUCAGUGGAAAAAUCGAUCCGGACUCAUUCGUAAUCGGCCGAACUUGGGACGGACUUGUCACCAUUAAAGAUAAAAAAUUAGGAAAAAAGCUACAUUCAUUGAACGAAAACGAAUACAGUCUCACCGACGAGCAACUCAUUCUACUCGGUAAAAUCGGGACCUGCUUGGAAAAAGCGCACGGAAGCCCGAGGGAUAUCGAAUGGGGAUUUUCCGAAGGAAGAUUGUACCUAUUCCAAUCCAGGCCAAUAACCACGGCGAACACCUGGACCGAUUUCGAGCUGAGCCACGAAAUGGACACUCCGUUUUUAUGCGAAAAUAUAGUUUCAACUACCGCCAAUAUAAGAGAAGUGAUACCCAAAGCGUUGACGGUGCUAUCCAGAACCAGCUCGGUGAAGGCCCUCGAUUGGGCCCUACAAAAAUUCGUUAAAAAGAAUUUCGAUCCCACGACGCUCAGAGGCUUGGUCACUUACCAACACAACAUUUUUUUAGACGUUAUUACGUCUAUCCACUGGCAUGCAACAGACGAAAUUAACGUAAGCGAUAUUACGCUCGACUUGGCCAUAUUCGGGCAUCAAAUAAUGGACGAAAGAAUCAACCUUUUGAUCAAAAACCGGAUGGGUUCCAGUUCCGCGUGGAACAAGCUGAAAGAGGUGUAUUCAACUCUGCCCACCGCUUGGAAGUACAAGGAGCAUUUGGAAUCGGCAAGGAGCGUAUUGAAGCAGAUGGAUUUGAACGGUAAAUCUUUGAAGGAAUUGUAUGAAAAAAUCGAAGUGGGUAUCCAAAACGUAGAAGAACUAUGCAUCCUGCAUAGCAAGACGUCGAAGAGCUCCGUGUUUUACCAGAUUUGUGCCAUAAAUAUUCUGCUGGAGAGUAACAAAGAGAUAUUACCGGACCAUCUGUCGGAUUUCGCAUUGAUUUUAUCGUCGUGCGAGGAUGUCGUGUCCGCUGAAGUACCUAAAUAUUUAGAGCAAAUUUCGAAGGCCUUACAAGAGUGUAAAGACAGCGAUGAAUUUCGUUCUAUCGAGCCCAGUCAAGGGCUGGAUUGGCUCAAAGCUAAUUGCUCUAAAGCGUACGAACUCUACGUGGAAUUCAUCGAAAAGCACGGGCACAGGAGCGCUGCCGAGUUCGAAAUUUUCGAGGAAAAUUGGAGCGACAAUCCAUCGACAGUAAUCGCCAUGAUUCGAGCGAACUUGAAAUGCGACAAAAAAGAUAAACCUAAAAUGGACGUGGACGAUGUUAUAAGAAACCUAAAGUCUCCGAAAUACACCAUAACAAAAUGCAUAGUGAAAUUCUUAAUGAACAAAAUUCGAGUAGCCGUAGGCGCGAGAGAACAGACCAAAUCGAUACUGAUCAAAGGCAUCGAUGAGCUGCGAAAGGCCUACAGAAAAUUGAGCAAUGGAAUGGUCGCGGAGGGCUUGAUUCCGCGGAAAAGUUUGCUGUACCAUUUGACCCAGUACGAAAUCGGGGUUAUGUUGCAAGCGCGAAAUCCAGCUUUGGUGAGAAAAGCUGGGAGAAGAGAGAAGCUCUACGACUCUUGGAGAGAAAUGACAUUUCCGGAAAUCAUGUACGGAACACCGAAGGAAAAUGAUUCUUCGCAAGGAACCCCAGUGCAAUCUAGAAGAGUGUGUAUUGGCACACCCGUGUGCCAAGGCAUUGUCCAAGGCAGGGCUUGCGUAAUAAGAAAUCUGAAUGAAAUUUCCGCGCUACGACCAGAUGAUAUUUUAGUAACCUACAGCACGGAUAUCUGCUGGUCGCCUUAUUUUCCAACCCUUUCCGGAGUAGUAACGGAAUUAGGAGGAAUAAUAUCGCAUGGAGCAGUCGUAGCUCGAGAAUACGGUUUACCUUGCAUAGUCGGGGCAAAAAACGUCUUGAACUGUUUCAAAACUGGUCAAAUGGUUCGAUUAAAUGGCUAUACGGGCGAAAUAGGAAUCGUUUGUUGAACAUUGAUUAGUUUAAAUAAAAUUACUACUUCAUUAAUUAUUACUUUUAUUUAAAAUGGCGAUAAAAAAACCCAUCGAAAACUCACGUACUCCCCCCAUCGAAUAAUGCUACAGCAAUCAACAAAUUCCUUCUAGUAAAAUGCAAGUUUAUCAACGGAGAGUUUUUCGUUGCGAAAUUCCGUAAAAGAUAAGAAUCCCCCGAUUUAACGUCGGGAUUAUGAGACACGUUCAAUUCCUCUGCAUUCGAUUCCUCCAACAGUUUACUAAAGUCCCAUAUUUUCAACGUGCAAUCCAAACCACC